AUGAUUGUUAUUAACUGGAAUUAUAGAGGGGCUCAAGGGAUAAAUUUCCGGCGAGCUCUUAAUAACUUUUGCAGGAAGAACAAAGUUGACAUAGUAGCCUUACAAGAGACACGUUGUAGUGGGACUACUGCCAAAAAGACAAUUAAGAAGUUGGGUUUCAAAAAUCAUGUUAUGGCUGAAGCAAUAGGCUUCUAUGGGGGUAUUUGGUUAAUGUGGAACAGGUCAGACAUUCAAGUCCAGUUAAUUCAAAAUGACUUUCAUUUUCUUCAUGUGCAGGUAAGUGAGAAAGAUAUGGAACCAUGGCUUCUUACGGUGGUUUAUGCUAGCCCACGAGAGAAUGAGAGACAAGAUACUUGGCAAUUAUUGAAACAACUUGCUACUUCUAUCAACACACCGUGGCUUAUGAUGGGAGAUUUCAAUGAAAUUGCUUAUCCUAAUGAGAAGAAAGGAGGUGCACCAGCUGAUGUUAGAAAAUGUCAGACUUUUAAUAGUUGGAUCAAUGAUUGUAACCUUCUUGAAGUCACAACCGCAGGAACACGUUUUACUUGGAGAGGUCCCAAGUGGAAUGGGAGGGAUAGAGUUUUCAAGAAACUUGACCGUGUCCUUUGUAAUGUUGAUUGGAGACUGAAGUACCACGAGGGUUUUGCUAAGGUUCUACCGAGAGUUCAAUCUGAUCAUCAUCCCAUUAUUGUGUUCCUUAAUGGGGAGGCUACUACUAAUAGAAAUCGUCCCUUCCGCUUUGAGGCAGCAUGGACUUCCCAUGGUGAUUUCAAUGAUUUUCUUCAUUCAAAGUGGGAGAAAGAUAGAGAUAUUGUGCAAAGCCUUCACAAUCUUACAACUCAUCUCAAAAAGUGGAAUAAAGAGACUUUUGGAGAUAUCUUCAAAAGAAAGAAGGAGAUUCUGGCAAGACUUAACGGGAUUCAAAAUAGUUCCAACUAUGGUUACAGCACAUUUCUUGAGAAGUUGGAAAAAGAAUUACAAGAUCAACUCGCUGUUACCCUUUAUCAUGAAGAGUGCCUCUGGUUUCAAAAAUCUAGAAGUCAGUGGAUCACAGAUGGAGAUCGAAAUACGAAGUAUUAUCAUUCCAAAACCAUUGUCAGAAGGAGACGUAACAAAAUCAUUUCUCUGCGCAAUGAGGAUAGAACUUGGGUUGAUGAUCCAGAAAGAUUAAAAGAUUUGGUUCGAAAGUUCUUUAUCAACUUAUUUAAAGAGGAUGAAGAGGUUCGUGAUCCAAUUGUUUCUUGGACUACUUACCCAACGAACAUGGAAGCUCACCAUAAUGCCUUAAGUGCCAAAAUCCAGUUUGUUGAAUGUAAGUGA